AUGUCCAUGCCAAUGCGGUCAUCUUUCAAAAGGAUCGUGCUCCUGCUCCUUGCAGUCUCAGUUCGCGCAGCCAACGGGCAGUGCAGCUUUCUGCCGCAGGGGCGAGGGUGUGCAGACCCUGGUGGGGUCGCAUUUCGAGACCUGCUUCCUGGAGAAUGCACCACAACUACGACGACAACCAAGAGUUUGACGAGUUCCAGUUCUUCCACACUUUCGAGCACUGCGACCUCGCGAACCAGCACAUCCUCGACUGCAAGCAGUACGAGUAUGACAUCGACUAGUAUCACUGCGACCUCGCGAACAAGCACAUCCUCAACUGUAAGCAGCACGAGCAUGACUUCAACGAGUAGAACCGAUACCAGCAUGACCGAAACGACCAGUACUCUGACCACCACCUCAGCAACGGGCACGUCCGCCACCAGCACCUCUGCCACCGGUACGUCAGUAACAAUAACGUCCUACACCAGUACAUCUUCAACUGCCAGCGCCACAUCCGUGACAGCCACCUCACAGACGAACACCGAGACACAGACUCAGACAAGCCUCACACACACUGUCUCGGCGACGAGCUUGACUGGAACGUCGACGACACUCACCGACACCAGCAUAACGAGUAUAUCUCUGACAGCAACGAGCUACACGACAACACGGUCAAGUAGUUUGACGACUUCGGCCACCAUCACCAGCCUGACCACUAUUUCGGUCACAGGGACUACGUUGACGUCAACCAGCCACACUGCAAGCGCAACCAGCAUGACCACUACUUCGCUCACGAUGAGUACCUUGACGUCAACGAGCUACACUGCAAGCGCAACCACCUUGACCUCUACUUCCCUCACAAUGACCACCUUGACAGCAACGAGCCACACGACCACGUCGUCAAGUAUUUCCGCGACAUCUGUGACAACAUCAACGGUCUCGGUGACCACGUCCACGGCAAGCUCAGUGACCAGAACCACCUCAACGAGCAGCUCUGUUACUGCCACAACUUCCAUCAGCAACACCACCACUACUGCGACAACCACCUCUACCACGAGCAGUACUGGUCCAGCACCCUGGUGCCGCCAGCUUUGGGCGGGCGUUUCCGCCAACUCCACUUGCGAGGCGGCGUCGAACACCGACGGCUGCCUCGCUCCGGUGAGCUCGGUGCGGCAUCCGGGCUGCGGCGAGGGCCCCAAGGAGGGCACCUUGAUGUGUCCAGCGGCCUCUGCGGCCGCAGAAGAGGUCGGGUGCAAAAUGUGCGCGACGCUCUAUGCACAAGACUGGGGCAGAUCUGGCUUCAGCCUCUCUGGUGAAGUUCGCUGGGGUCCGGGCAUCAGUUGCGAGAUAGAGGAGUCCCUGGUGGAUGGCUACCAGGUUUGGUUGGUAAAUGACUGUGGUGAGCAGAUGGUCCUGCUCGGGACGGUGGCGAAGCAGCAAGACCGGCAGCUGUCUGCGACCUGUUGCGAUGAGUCCUGGUACUCUUUUUACCUGGGCCUUCUCACAGCGCCAGCGGAUGCAGCAUCGAUUGCCAUCGUCCCAUUUCGAGGCUCGCAACUUUACUUGCCAUCUUUCCUGCCAAUUAUGCAGCGGACAAUCGCAACUUCUACUACAACUACCACGAUUGCGGGCAACACGACCGAGGUUGGCUUGCAGGGCUGCCUGGGAAUUUCUGUCUCGGACUCGACACCGUUCACCAACCCGGAGAACCUCGACGCCGUCGUGCAGGUCAUUCAGGGCUUCGUGUCCUCAGCAGCGGGCGACGGGAUCGAUGCUGACCACGUGUCAGAGGUCCAGGUGGCUCUGGGCUCUACCUGCAUCUUCGAGCGAAGGAGGCCGCCCUGGCGUCCGCCUGGAACCCUCAGGCGUUUGCAGGAGCAGCUCUCGAUUGCUUUUGCGGUACUGUUGCCACCGGGCAUUGGUGGGCGCCUGGCACUGGCGCAAGCCGCACUGCAGCGCAUGUCGGAGCUCUCCAUGGAGGAAGCCACCACGCUUCUCACGCAGGAGAUGCAGCAGUUUCCCGAACUGGCGAACGUGACCGUUGUUGUCCAAUCUUUGGAGAACAGCAUCUUCGCCGAUGACUCCGUCAUCCCGGUGCCGGAGCCUGUUCGUCCAACGGGCCUGGAUCCAUUCAUCAUCGUGGCCAUUGUCCUUUCGUCGCUGUGCAUCCUCGUGCUCUGUGCGAUCGU